AUGCCCCCCUCCUCGCACGAAUUGACGCUAUUAGCCAUACUCUAUCUAGUGCUAAACCCUACCCCAAUCUUUGAGAGGGCUGACUUUGUAUCUGGGUGCCAAUUCUGCGAUAAGUCGUUCACCAAUCAAGGUAAUAUGCAAGUGCAUCAACGUGUGCACACUGGCGAAAAACCAUAUUCAUGUAGCGCUUGCGGCAAAAGCUAUGCCCAAAAGGUUGGCCUGAAGAUUCAUUUGGAACAAUGUGAAGCCUAUCGUACUGGACGAACCUCGGAAAGUCCAGUGAAUGUUGACACUGAUUCGGACAGCUCGGACAGUAGCAGAAAAAUUGAUUUCUCAUUGCCGAAUAUCUAUGCUAGUGAGUUUUUAUCAACAUUGCAAAGCUGUCGUUGGUUUUAUGACCAUGCCGCAUUUUGCAACUUUGAGAGGGGCGGAGCUAAAGUUUGCGCAGAGAUUUAAAA